GCACCCUAACUCGGGCGGAUGGGCAGGGUUAUCUAAGGUUUUUCUUGUUUAUCUCGUUCCCUGUUCUUAUCAUUUGGAGCCUGAAGCAGUUUGAACGGACUUCUUUGCUCUUAACAGAAGCAGAGCAGUAAUUAAAUUUCACAGCAGACGCUAGCGAUGGAGAAAUCGCUUUUACUCCAGUAUCCGACAACUAUUGCUGUGGUCACUCUGACAGGAGUGGGCCUUUUUGCCUUUAAGAGAUGGAUGGCAGGGGGGGUUUGUUGCAGCAAAGUCAGACUGGAUGGGAAAACAGUCCUCAUAACAGGUGCCAACACUGGAAUCGGAAAAGAAACUGCAGUCGAUCUGGCUCAAAGAGGUGCGAGAGUCAUCAUGGCCUGCAGAGACAUGGAGAGAGCCAACAAAGCUGCUGAAGACGUGAGAAAGAGGAGCGGAAAUGGAAAUGUCAUUGUCAAAAAGUUGGACUUGGCAUCUCUGGAGUCAGUGAGACAUCUUUCCAAAGAAGUUCUUGCAAGUGAAGAGCGACUGGAUAUUCUCAUCAACAAUGCAGGCAUCAUGAGCUGUCCACAGUGGAAGACUGAGGAUGGAUUCGAGAUGCAGUUUGGCGUGAACCAUCUUGGCCACUUCCUGUUGACAAACUGUUUGUUGGAUCUUUUGAAGAAGUCGACUCCGAGUCGCAUAGUUAAUGUCUCCAGCUUAGCACACGAAAAAGGUGAAAUUUAUUUUGACGACAUCAAUUUGGAGAAAGAUUACCAUCCUUGGAAAAGCUACCGUCAAAGCAAACUAGCCAAUGUCUUGUUUACAAGAGAGUUGGCCAAGAGGUUGGAAGGAACUGGAGUAACGACAUACAGCCUCCACCCAGGAGUGAUUAAGACAGAGCUUGGCCGACACUUCUUGCCUACUAUACCCUUGUGGAAAAGGGUUUUGUACAAACCUUUCAGUUUCUUCAUCAAGUCUUCUUCACAAGGGGCGCAGACAACCAUCUACUGCGCUGUGGAGGAAAAGCUGCAAAAUGAGAGCGGCCUCUACUACAGUGACUGUGCACCUAAGACUCCUGCCCCCCAGGCUCUGGAUGAUGAGGCAGCCAAGAGGCUGUGGGAUGUGAGUGCCUCCAUGGUCGGCCUCGCUCAGUCGUAGAUGCAUGGAUAAUGAUGAAAGGCGCCACCCAAAAGAACUUUCUAGAGCUCCAUCGAAUGUCUGUGAUUGUGAGUUCACAGGGAAAAAAAUAAAAACCACUUUCAUCCACAAGUGAUAAACAUUUAUUUCAAAUGUACAACAAACUACUUGCAAAAAUACUAUGGAUAAAACUAUGUUUCCUUCUUAACAAAUCACAGAAGUCACAUGGAAGCUGUACGAUCUUAGGUUUGCGAUUAGCGUGAAAUGACAUUUUUAAUCAACAAAUGUCUACGUUGAGCUUGGGCUCACAUGACAUUCACCAUUGUUUGGAAUAAACCUAUAAGGAUUAAGUGUGCUUUGACGAGCUUUUCUAACACCGCUAAUGAUAACGCUGUUAUUGUCUUUCUCCUGGGCAAUAGUAACACAUCAUAGCUUGUUCUUUGACCUAAUAUUAAGGCUUUAUGUUUAUUCAUAAAUAUGUUAUUAUCUUGUUUCAUAAGGGAUCAAAAUGUUAAAAUAAAACGCAUGUUGAUUACAUCAACAUAAAUAAAAUCAUUUGACAAAUAAA